GCGUUUUUGGGUAUAAGUAUCCCUCUAUUUAAGUUUUACUUCAACCAAUUCAUUAAAGAGUGCAAUAAUUUGAGAAUGAUGAACACACACAGUGGAAUAGAGGAAGAUGCAGUGCUAAUAGGUCAGACACAAAUAAGCCAGUGCCUAAACGGAGUUUUUGACGCCAUGGCCUUACGCUGUUGUGUUGAGCUCCGUAUUGCUGACAUAAUAAGCAACCACAACCGACCCACGACGUUAUCAGAAAUUGCCACUGGUAUUGAUUCUCCAUCAAUAAAUAUUGAUGGGCUUGAACGACUCAUGAAGUUCUUAGUCCACAAAAAAGUGUUCAAUGAAAUUCCUCAAGCGGAAGCAGAAGAAGGAGAAACACUUUACGCCUUGAACAACUGUUCUAAAUGGUUGUUAAGCGAUGCACACCUCACAUUGGCACCGAUUGUUAUGAGUUGUACGGAUCCAUUCAUGGUUUCGCCUCUGCAUGUGCUAAGUCGAGCGAUUAAAGAAGGUGGUACGGCAUUUAAAAUAACCCAUGGAGAAGAGUUGUAUAAUUUUUCUUUGGGCAAUCCAAAGUUCAACAGAAUUUUCAACGAGGACAUGGCAUGCUCUGCUAAGAUCAAUUUGGAUGCCAUUAUCUCAAGUUACAGGAAUGGAUUUCUUGGGAUGAAAGGAAGUGUGGUGGAUGUUGGAGGUGGUACUGGUGUUGCAAUAUCUGAGAUUGUGAAGGCAUAUCCACAUCUUAAGGGGAUUAACUUUGAUUUGCAACAUGUUAUUUCCACUGCGCCAACAUAUGAUGGGGUUACGCAUGUGGCUGGGGACAUGUUUAAGGCCAUUCCUCCUGCAGAUACGAUCUUUAUGAAGUGGAUCUUGCACAAUUGGAGUGAUGAUGAUUGCGCUAAAAUACUUACGAAUUGUCGAAAAGCCAUACCUAAGGAAACUGGAAAAGUCAUUAUUGUGGAGAUCGUUCAACAGCCUAAAGAAGAUGAUCCUUUCAGUGAUACGCGCUUCAUACUUGAUCUAUCGAUGCUUGCAUAUUUUUCUAGUGGAAAGGAACGAUCUGAAAAGGAAUGGAAGAAACUUCUUGGUACUUUUCAUGGUUUUUAA